AUGCACAUGCUCAGCCCUGGGGGUAUUUCACACACAUUCGAUAACCGUGCCAAUGGCUAUGGCCGUGGUGACAGCAUUGGCGCCAUGGUGGUUAAACGUCUGUCGGAUGCUAUGCGCGACGGCGACAUUAUCCGUGCCGUGAUCCGUGGUUCUAGUGUCAACGCCGAUGGCAAAACACCCAGUGUUACGCAACCAAGCUCCACAGCACAAGCCGAACUAAUCAACCAGACCUACAAGGAUGCAGGUCUGGAUCUGUCAAAAACAGGCUUACCGCCAUUGCUCGCGCAGCGCCACACACAUCUAGAGCACAAAACUUUUGCAAUUGCAAAUUCACUGUCUGAGCUCACAGAAAGGCUCACGAAAGGUCUGCUGGCAGCAACUCGAUUACAACGUUAUGACAACAACCUCGUUAUAGUAUUUACCGGUCAGGGUGCUCAGUGGCCGGCAAUGGGUCACGAACUUUUCGUGAACCCCAUCUUCCGCGCAAGCAUUAAUGUUUCACAGUCUUAUCUCGAGGCCUUCGGCUGCAAGUGGAAUGCAAUCGAAGAGUUGACCAAGAUAACCAACCCGAACGUCAACCGCCCAGAGUACAGCCAGCCCCUCUGUGCGGUGAUCCAUGUCACACUGGUCGACCUUCUUCGCUUCUGGAAGGUUUUGCCCAGAGCCACAAUUGGACACUCGAGCGGCGAGAUUGCCGCUGCAUAUGCCGCAUCGCUUCUCACACACCACAAUACCAUAAAGCUUGCCUAUGUCCGAGGUGUCAGCUCCGCCGCUGUCUCCAAGCAAGCCGGGUCUGCAGUCGUUGCCUGCAUUAACAGUCCAUCCAGCGUGACGCUCUCUGGCGAUGUGGAUGCCACUGACCAGCUAGAAGCCCUAAUUUCUAGCAACAGUAAAUUCGCCCGCAAACUCAAGGUCACCACUGCGUACCACUCUCCUCACAUGCGUGAGGUCUCGCCGAACUAUCUUAAGAUCACUGGUGAAAUAACACCCAAGGAGGCAGAUGAGACAGAAAACAGCCCUGUCAUGUACUUGUCGCUUACCGGGUCUAUCAUCUCUUCUGCCAAGGAGCUGAACGCCCAGUAUUGGGUCAACAAUAUGCAGAAUACCGUGAAGUUCUCACAGGGCUUCUUGGCAUUGCUGAAGCACAAAAAAGUUGCCCCAGGCGGCACCCGCCCCGUGGCCGUACAGUGGGGAGGCUUCCUCGAGGUUAGCCCUCACGCAGCUCUCCAGGGACCCGUGCGACAGAUUAUUGACGCAAGCAACAGUAAGUUUGCCAAGUCCGGCCCUUACACCUCUAUGCUUGUCCGCGGCAAAGACGCAACGGAAACAGCCUUAAACGCUGCCGGUGUGCUCUGGGCUGCUGGCUGCAAGGUUGACAUGGCUGCAGUCAACCAGCAGGCCUCAACGGGGAGCAAUACCCCUUAG